AUGGACCGUGGCAAGCCGGUAAAAGGCAUCCUUAAGAAGACCAGCAGCUCCAACCUUGCCAAGGGCCAAAAGUUUUCUGAAGAGGACAGUCAAAAGAAAUCUCAGUCCUGGGAUGAAAUGAACAUAUUGUCCACAUACAAACCUCCAGGAAAGGACUACGGGCUCAUGAGUAUUAAUGAACCUAAAACUCCUUACAGAUAUGAUAUCGAUGAUGAGGCGGGGAGCAGCUCCAAUCCUGCUUUCUCCGUGGAGGAGCUAGCAGCAAGGAUGAGCAAUCUGAAUAAAACAAGAAAAGGCAAAAAACAGACAGCAAAGGUUAAAGCACAAGAUUCUGAUGAGGAAGAUAUUCCACUCGUUGAUCGAGAGAAAAGACGCCAGUUUGAGAUGAAACGGAAGCAGAUUUAUGAUGAAGGGCAAAAUAUCCAGCGGGCCCGGGAACUUAUAGCUCGUGAAGAGGUGGAUGACCAUGACGAUUCUGAUUACUCGGGUACCCAUGUGUCUGAAGAUCCCAAGAACUGGCAGAUCUCCCUGAUCAGGAAGAUUGGCAAAUGCUGUUGUCUAUCAAUCCUUCCAAGAUCCCAGCCCAGAGAGCUGCAAAUUGCUAGCUUCCCAAGAAUUGCUGCCUAG